CGAAGAAAUCUUCCAAGCUUUUCUGCAAGGUUCUUCACUUCCAGUCACUCCCAAUAACCAUCGCAAAGUUUUUUAGCUGAUCAUCUCCUGAAUCUUGCUUUGGGUUUUUGUCUCUUAACAUGGCACCCCAUGGAGAGGCUAUCACUAGCACUUACACCAGGAGCAACAACUUCCCCAAGCCACCAAGACUCUCGAACGACAGCCUCCAUCGAACCAUAUCGGAUAUCUCUUUUCAACUCAUCAGCAAGGAAGUGCUUGAUUACAAAGAAGCAGCAGUAGCGGAUGAGAAACAGCUCCCACCCAUAUCCGAAGUCGAAGAUGCAAAGUGCGAGUGUUGCGGCAUGAGUGAAGAGUGCACGCCGGAGUACAUAGAGCGUGUGCGGAACAAGUUCUUGGGGAAAUGGAUCUGCGGGUUAUGUGCUGAGGCAGUGAAAGAAGAGAUGGAGAAAAAUGGAGGGAAGAUAGAGGAAGCUUUGAGUGCUCACAUGAAUACGUGUGCCCGGUUUAACAAGUUCGGGAGGGCUUAUCCAGCUUUGUUGACAGCUGAAGCCAUGAGGGAGAUUCUGAGGAAGGGUUCAAGAUUGGAAGGGAAAGGUAGUCUUAGGGCCAAAUCUAUUAGCCCUAGGGAUACUAGAGGAGCUCAAAAGAAAGGUGGCAUCGCUAGGAGUUCCAGUUGCAUUCCAGCCAUUACAAGGGAGAUGAAUAACCUCACAGUAGCAAACUGAUUUGGCCCAAAUUAAGCCUUCGAUCGUUUCCCCUUUUUUAGCCUUCGGCAGGAAUUUCAAUCCCUCCUCCCUUAAGCUUUAGUAGCAAUUCUUUUUUCCAUGGACUCUCCUGUAUGGACCAAACUUUUUACUUGGAAAGUUUUUUGGGUUCGGUCCAAACUCCCUCUUAUCCAUGAAAUCAACUCAAGGAGUAUUAUUUUUCUAUCCUUGGUUGAUUCGUAUAACUAAUUGCCUUUCUCGCUUUAGAUUUUAAUCCUUUUUUAUAGGAGGGCAGAAAACUCUUCCUGCUUUUUAUCUCCCAUUUCCAGGGAUAUGUUUCUUAGGACCAAAAAGUUAACCACCUUCUAGCUAGCUAGGGUUUUUUGUGCUAUACCUUGGUUCAAAUGCUUCCUUUGUUUCCAUCCCUUUUCUCUUUCCCCCGCAUAUGCUGCUAGUUUUAUUUUUGUACAGUAGUUCAGCUAUUGUCAAUGUGAAUUCUAGCUCACCAUUUGUAAUCGCUAGGGUAAAAGAGCUAACUAGGUUUAGUCGUUGAAUAAUGUUUGUGGAGGAGAGAUGGCAUCCUUUGCUCCUUCAUUUCACUCUAACCACAAGCUCUCUGUUAUAUUUCUAGCAGCAAGCAGUUGAAACUCAUUUUUAUGUACUAAAUCCAUGUAUAUGGAGGUAUAUAUAUGUAUUGUUUAA